GAGCCAAACCGGUUGAUGAGUCAGGAUUUAAAAGCUAGUGUUUUGGUGAACAUGGUGAUGGAGGGAGGGGUCUGAGGAUUCGACUCCACUUAUUAAUAGGGGGGUGGUAAGGUUACAUUGUAGAAGAAAACAUGUGGAAUGGGAGAUAUUGCUAUGGCCAUCUCUAGACAAUACUAUUGCCAUAGUUUGCCCUUUUGCCACACUACACAUCCCUUCCACACCCAAAACAUGCAAAAUAUACUAACCUCCUCCUCAGAGACCUCUAAUUCACAUCCCUUUAUUACUUCAGCUCAAAAUCUAGUAUGUCAUCAUCCAAAUCAGGUCCAGAUACAGAUCAGGUUCCUUUGGUAUGGUUUCUUGAGAAUGAUUGCUCUUUACUUGUCUGUGAAGAGACAAGUAAUAUGUCCCCACAUAAUUACCAUAUGAGAUUAGAAAGGCACAUGUUAACCACAGUACACUUUCCUGUUCAAAAAGAGAGACGAGGGAGGCACACAGCAGUCUAUAGCAAUUCUAAAACAUGGCUGGGUGCACAUUGGCAGUUUCUUGAAUGGAGCUCAGUCCUACUUCCUAGUUCUUAGUGUGCCAUGGCUGCUUCUUUUGGUCUUUGGUCUCACCUUCUGAAUCAUUCUUUUUUCCCUCAGAAGAAUUUAUCUGUGUUUGCAGCUGAGUAAUCUUCUGAGUUUGCUUUAUGCCUAUAGUGUGGUUUAGGGUCCAAAGCCUCCUUUUAUUUUAUAUAGUUACUGUCCCUUUCAUUCUAAGCUAAUAUAACUCCUUUAAAAAUUUUGUGUACUGGCUGUGUAUUAAUUGACUCCAUCAGACAAAAGCUAUACCCACAAAUCUCUUACAGCAAUCUUUUUCCUAUUUUCGGCUUCCUGUGAGGCUGCUGUGGAACAGCACUCUUACGAUUCUUGGAUAAUUUUGUGUCUGAGAGAAUCUAUGAGGCAAAUGUUCUGAAAAAGACUCUGCAUGGAAAUGGCUUGCCUCACAAUGACAGAAAUGGAAGGAACAUGUACACCUCCUAUGCAUCAGAAUGGAGAUAUUCCUGGAAUUACUGAUUCUGUGAAGCAAACAGAUCCAGUCCUUCAGGUGUAUCUUUAUCAUUCCCUUGGGAAAACUGAGGGAGAUUACCUGAAGUUUUCAACUGGGGAAUAUGUUGCAGAAGAAAUUUGUGUUGCUGCUUCUAAAGCCUGUGGAAUCACACCUGUGUAUCAUAGUAUGUUUGCUUUAAUGAGUGAAACAGAAAGGAUCUGGUAUCCGCCCAACUAUGUCUUCCAUAUAGAUGAGUCAACCAGGCACAAUGUACUCUACAGAAUAAGAUUUUACUUUCCUUACUGGUAUUGUAGCGGCAGCAACAGAACUUAUCGGCAUGGAAUAUCUCGAGGUGCUGAAGCUCCUCUUCUUGAUGACUUUGUUAUGUCUUACCUUUUUGCUCAGUGGCGGCAUGAUUUUUUGCAUGGAUGGAUAAAAGUACCUGUGACUCAUGAAACACAGGAAGAAUGUCUUGGGAUGGCAGUGUUAGAUAUGAUGAGAAUAGCCAAAGAAAAUGAUCAAACCCCACUCGACAUCUAUAGCUCUAUCAGCUAUAAGACAUUCUUACCAAAAUGUAUUCGAGCAAAGAUCCAAGACUAUCAUAUUUUGACAAGAAAGCGAAUAAGGUACCGAUUUCGCAGAUUUAUUGAGCAAUUCAGCCAUUGCAAAGCCACUGCCAAAAACUUGAAACUUAAGUAUCUUAUAAAUCUGGAAACUCUUCAGUCUGCCUUCUACACAGAGCAAUUUGAAGUAAAAGAACCUGGAAGAGGUCCUUCAGGUGAGGAGAUUUUUGCAACCAUUAUAAUAACUGGAAACGGUGGAAUUCAGUGGUCAAGAGGGAAACAUAAAGAAAGUGAAACACUGACAGAACAGGAUUUACAGUUAUAUUGUGACUUUCCCGAUAUUAUUGAUGUCAGUAUUAAGCAGGCAAGCCAAGAAGGCUCAAAUGAAAGCAGAAUUGUAACUAUCCAUAAGCAAGAUGGUAAAAAUCUGGAAAUUGAACUUAGUUCAUUAAAGGAGGCUUUGUCUUUUGUGUCAUUAAUUGAUGGAUAUUAUAGAUUAACUGCAGAUGCACACCAUUACCUCUGUAAAGAAGUAGCAUCUCCAGUGGUGCUUGAAAAUAUACAAAGCAAUUGUCAUGGCCCAAUUUCAAUGGAUUUUGCCAUAAGUAAACUGAAGAAAGCAGGUAAUCAGACUGGACUUUAUGUACUUCGAUGCAGUCCUAAGGAGUUUAAUAAAUAUUUUUUGACUUUUGCUGUCGAGCGUGAUAAUGUCAUUGAAUAUAAGCACUGUUUGAUUACAAAAAAUGAGAAUGGAGAAUACAACCUCAGUGGAACUAAGAAGAACUUCAAUAAUCUUAAAGAUCUUUUGAAUUGCUACCAGAUGGAAACUGUUCGCUCAGACAAUAUAAUUUUCCAGUUUACAAAAUGCUGUCCUCCAAAGCCAAAAGAUAAAUCAAACCUUCUAGUCUUUAGAACAAAUAGUGUUUCUGAUGUACCAACCUCACCAACAUUACAGAGACAUAAUAAUGUGAACCAAAUGGUGUUUCACAAAAUCCGAAAUGAAGAUUUAGUAUUUAAUGAAAGUCUUGGCCAAGGCACUUUUACAAAAAUUUUUAAAGGUGUAAGAAGAGAAGUAGGAGAUUAUGGUCAACUGCAUGAAACAGAAGUUCUUUUAAAAGUUCUGGAUAAAGCACAUAGAAACUAUUCAGAGUCUUUCUUUGAAGCAGCAAGCAUGAUGAGCCAGCUUUCUCACAAGCAUCUGGUUUUAAAUUAUGGAGUAUGUGUCUGUGGAGAGGAGAAUAUUCUGGUUCAGGAGUUUGUGAAAUUUGGAUCACUAGAUACAUAUUUGAAAAAGAAUAAAAAUUCUAUAAAUAUAUUAUGGAAACUUGAAGUGGCUAAACAGUUGGCAUGGGCCAUGCAUUUUCUAGAAGAAAAAAACCUUAUUCAUGGGAAUGUAUGUGCCAAAAACAUUCUACUUAUCAGAGAAGAAGACAGGAAGACAGGAAAUCCUCCUUUCAUCAAACUUAGUGAUCCUGGCAUUAGUGUUACAGUUUUGCCAAAGGACAUUCUUCAGGAGAGAAUACCAUGGGUACCACCUGAAUGUAUUGAAAAUCCUAAAAACUUAAACUUGGCAACAGACAAAUGGAGUUUUGGUACCACUUUGUGGGAAAUCUGCAGUGGAGGAGACAAGCCUCUGAGUGCUUUGGAUUCUCAAAGAAAGCUACAGUUUUAUGAAGAUAGACACCAGCUUCCUGCACCAAAGUGGACAGAAUUAGCAAAUCUUAUUAAUAAUUGUAUGGAUUAUGAACCAGAUUUUAGACCUUCUUUCAGAGCCAUCAUACGAGAUCUUAAUAGUUUGUUUACUCCAGAUUAUGAAUUGUUAACAGAGAAUGACAUGUUACCAAAUAUGAGGAUAGGUGCCCUAGGGUUUUCUGGAGCUUUUGAAGACCGAGACCCUACUCAGUUUGAAGAGAGACACUUGAAAUUUCUGCAGCAACUUGGCAAGGGUAACUUUGGGAGUGUUGAGAUGUGCCGGUAUGACCCUCUACAAGACAACACUGGGGAGGUGGUGGCUGUGAAAAAGCUCCAGCACAGUACUGAAGAGCACCUCAGAGACUUUGAAAGGGAAAUUGAAAUCCUUAAAUCCCUGCAGCAUGACAACAUUGUAAAGUACAAGGGAGUGUGCUACAGUGCUGGCCGGCGUAAUCUAAGAUUAAUUAUGGAAUAUUUACCAUAUGGAAGUUUACGGGACUAUCUCCAAAAGCAUAAAGAACGAAUAGAUCAUAAGAAACUUCUGCAAUAUACAUCUCAGAUAUGCAAGGGUAUGGAAUAUCUUGGUACGAAAAGGUAUAUCCACAGGGAUCUGGCAACAAGGAAUAUAUUGGUAGAGAAUGAAAACAGAGUUAAAAUUGGAGAUUUUGGGUUAACCAAAGUCUUGCCACAAGACAAAGAAUACUACAAAGUGAAAGAACCUGGUGAAAGCCCUAUAUUCUGGUAUGCUCCAGAAUCACUGACAGAGAGCAAGUUUUCUGUGGCCUCAGAUGUGUGGAGCUUUGGAGUGGUUCUAUAUGAACUUUUCACCUAUAUUGAGAAGAGUAAAAGUCCACCAGCGGAAUUCAUGCGUAUGAUUGGCAACGACAAACAAGGGCAGAUGAUUGUGUUUCAUUUGAUAGAACUCUUGAAGAAUAAUGGAAGAUUACCAAGACCAGAUGGAUGCCCAGAUGAGAUCUAUGUGAUCAUGACAGAAUGCUGGAAUAAUAAUGUAAAUCAACGUCCGUCUUUCAGAAACCUAGCUCUUCGAGUUGAUCAAAUAAGGGACAGCAUAGCUGGAUGAACGAAAUGAACUUCACUCUGAGACCAAAAUAAAGUUAGAGAACAAAGUUUUGUAUUUCACAUUGUUGUGGACUAUUACUACAUAUGUCAUUGUUAUGUAUAUCAUGAUGCUAGCCACAAAGAUGUGGAAAUAUCUGCUCAAAACUUUCAAAGUAUAGUGAGUUUUUCUUUAUGGGGACACCAGUAAAAGAAAUUGAUGAAAGUUCUUAGUAAAGAAUUUUGUAAAAAGUUUCAUGAACUUAGUUGAUUAACGUCACUUUUAUUUGGCAAAAGAAAAAAAUAGACGUUUUUUAACUCAGAAUUUUGAGAGAUGAAAAAAUUGUAAUAUAAAUUUUACAAUGUUAAAGAAGCACAGAAUAUAUAUGUACAUUUUUUACCACAGUGAAUGUAUAAUACCUUGGCAUCUUGUGUGAUCUUUUACACAAGGGCUGGUUCAUUAAUGGUGUUUUCUAAUUUUUCCAUAGUUGAUCUAUAAUAACUUCACUAUACAAACAAAUUAAGAUGCUCAAAUAAUUGAGUAAGCACUUUGGUGUUCUUGUUCAUCUAUAUCACUGGCCAGCAAUAUAAAAGCAGGUGUACACUUUUUGCUUAUCAUUUUAUGUACUGUAAAUAUUUUUCAAAGAAAAGGGAACAAAUGUUUAGUUUUAUUUGUAUAGGGAUUUCCCUAACUAUAAAGAAUACAUUUUGAAAUGGAACAAGUUUACAAAGCUGUAACACAAUCUAUUUUCUUAUUUGUCUCUCUUGUAUCUAUUUGUGAUGAGUAUGUUGUUGUUUUUAAAUAGAUCUCUAAAUUUUUCUAAGACUGGUAAAUAGUUUUCUUUUAAAAUUUUGAGAUUACAAAUGCAGGAUUAUUGUCAUCCCUUGAGCUAUUGGCUGUCAGUAUGAUUCUUCAAUCCUUGGAACCUAUCAUCAUGCAUUAAAUUUAACCUAUUAAGAUUCGUAGUAUGGGUUAGGGAUGUUUUUUAAGACUGUAUUUUAGGGAUUUCAGAAAUCUCUUGUAGUCUCAGAAUAAAUUUUUUCUUAGAAAAUUUAGAAAGUCUUAUAUUCAAAGGAGAAAUGAGAGGAAAUUGGUAAAAAAAAGUAUGCUUGUUAUUUUAUUCCAGAAUGCUAGUAGAAAAUUCAUAAUAUUCCUCUAAGAAAAAUGAGAGUAUACUUAUUUUCAGUGAAGUAUAAUGGGUUGUUCAUUGUCAUCAUUUGUUUUAGUGCUACUCCAUUUUAUACACCGUACAUAAUAUGAGGCGGUAUUUAUUAUUAUUUAUAAAAAGUUUAAAAUACUUAGUAUUUGGGUUAAAAAGAAAAUAAUUUCUUACUCUAGUUUCAGUGGUAUGUGCUAUUUUUUUAAACAGACUUUUAAUUAUUUUUCUGAUUAUUUUUUGGAGCUAGUUUUAAAGUGCAAAUUCUGUAAGAAAAAAUUCUUCACAUGUAAAGUUUGAGAUUCUUUUGGUUAGAAGGAAGGAAAGAGGAGAAAUUCUUUUUACAUGAUCUUUAAAAUAUUUUAGUGGUUGCCGAAUAAAAAAAUCAUUUAAAAUUUUAAAAGGUUUCUAGUAAAUAUUUUGAUGAAAGUUGAAUAUAGUUUUUAUUUAAUUUGUAAAGACUCUUCAAGAUCUGUAAAUACAGUGCAAUUAAAGAUCUCCAUUUUCCUACUUUUCAAGUCAAAAGUAUGAUGAUGUGCUUGAUUUCAGAUUUUUGUAUUAAAACUUAAGUUCUGAAAGUAGAAUUUUAAAGGUCUAAAACAUUUUGUUUGUUUUUAUUUAUUUUAUUAUUAUUAUUUUCUAUUGAUUUUAGAGAGGAAGGGAGAGGGGGAGAGAGAUGGAAGCAUCAAUGAGAGAGAAUCAUUGAUCGGCUGCCUCCUGCAUGUCCCCUACUGGGGAUCUAGUCCGCAAUCCUGGGCGUGUGCCUCUGACUGGAAUUGAACCCAGGAUGCUUCAGUCUGCAGGACGGUGCUCUAUCCACUGAGCCAAACCAGAGAGGGCCAUUUUGUUUGUUUUU